AGGAAGAGGUGGAGAAGAAGGAGGAGGAGGAGGAGGAGGAGGAGGAGGAGGCGUCGCGUGAAGCGCCCCAGCCCGCACAGCCCACAGCUGCUUGUUGUCAUGGAGGAGCAAAGAUGGCGGGCCUGGCCUACAGCCUAGGCAAACGUGAAUUAAAUCAACACUUCAACAUUAAAAACGCCAAGCUAUUGUCCCUAGUGGCCGUGGUGUCCCUGGUCGUUUUCCACACAGGCCUGCGCUACUACAAAGGCGGAGACUCGUGUGAAUGGCUGCUCACCAGAGGAAGUUACUUGGGGGAGGAAGUAUGGCAGCCCUAUGGCUGCAUGAUGCACAAAUACAAAAGCAUUGAAGCCAAGACAUGCCUCGCCAACAGGCGCGUGGUCUUUCUGGGCGACUCCAGGAUUCGCAACCUCUAUUAUUCUUUCAUCAAGAUUAUCAACCCUGAAAAGGCUGAAGAAGGAAUUAAGCACAAGGACAUCACGUAUGAACACAAAAGCUCCUCUGUCAAUGUGGACUUUCUGUGGUAUCCAGAGGCAAACAAUUCCAUGAAGGAUCGCUUGGCACCAUGGAGUCAAAAAUCCUCAGCCACACCUGCCGUCAUUGUUCUCGGAGCCGCCACGUGGUCGAUCAAGCUGAACAAGGGCAGUGGAGAAACUCUGCAACAAUACAAGAACAACCUGACGACCAUUGCUGUGACUCUGGAGAGUAUGGCUGAGGAAACCCAGGUCUACUGGGUGCUGCAAGACCCUGUAAAUGAGGAGGUGCUGAGGGACGACAGGAAAAUGAUCACCAACAGGCAGUUGGAGCUCUACAACGAAGCAGCGCUGGAAGUGUUCAAUGGGAGUAAGCGCUCCAGUAAAUCCAAGAUUAAGAUCUUAGCAGCAUCUCGCCAGGCUGCUCUGGAAACCAUCUCCAAGUCAGUGGACGGCCUGCACCACCCCAAGAGCACGCAAAACAUGGGGGGUAUGGUGCUCAUGAACUCGGAAUGUAACAAGAUUCUGAAGCCAAUCGACGGUUCCUGCUGCCAGGAGGUGCCACCCCCAAACUUGCUGCAGAAGCUCACUGCAGGUUUCUUUCUGGCCUCUCUGCUGGUCCUCGUUUUCCUCCAUAUUGUUGGCAACAGCCACCACCGGCGACCGUCACCUCCAGAUGUGGAGAGUCUGGAGGAGAAGAAACCAGCGACUGUGGUCUCCCCUAUUGGGAUGAAGGCACCAUUCCAGGCCCUCUGUAAGAUGGGGCUCAUCAUGGCCUACUUCUACCUUUGUGACCGGGCAGAUGUGUUCAUGAAAGGGCAGAAGCUCUACUCCCAUGCCACCUUCUUCAUUCCGCUGGUCUAUGUGUUUGUGCUGGGCUUCUUCUACAAUGAGAACACCAAAGAGACCAAAUUACUGAACCGGGAGCAAACGGACGAGUGGAAAGGCUGGAUGCAGCUUGUUAUCCUCAUCUAUCACAUAUCUGGAGCCAGCGCGUUUAUUCCGGUGUACAUGCACGUGCGCGUGCUGGUGGCAGCGUACCUGUUCCAGACUGGCUAUGGACACUUCUCGUUUUUUUGGCUCAAAGGAGACUUUGGACUUUACAGAGUUUGCCAGGUGCUUUUCCGCCUGAACUUCUUGGUGGUGGUUCUGUGCAUGGUGAUGGACAGGCCGUACCAGUUCUACUACUUUGUGCCACUGGUAACAUUCUGGUUCGUCCUGAUCUACGGGGCGAUGGCCGUGUGGCCUCAGAUUCUGCAGAAGAGCGUGAACACGAACAACAUGUGGCACUUGGGUGUCUUGGCCAAGUUCCUCAUCCUUCUGACCAUCAUCGGCUGCUUUGCUUAUUCACAAGGCUUGUUUGAAACCGUCUUCUCCACGUGGCCGGUGUCUAAACUCUUCGAGCUGAACGGCAGCGUCCACGAGUGGUGGUUCAGGUGGAAGCUGGACAGAUUUGCCGUGCUGCACGGAAUGGUGUUCGCCUUCAUCUACCUGGCGCUCCAGAAGCGUCAGGUGCUCAUGGAAGGAAAAGGAGAGGCUCUGUUUUCCCCCAGGAUUUCCAACAUCCUGCUCUUCAUCUCCAUCCUGGCUUUCUUUAUAUAUUCAUUCUGGGCCAGCAGCUGCAAAACCAAAACUGAAUGCAACGAGCUGCAUCCUUAUAUCUCCGUUUUUCAGAUCCUGGCCUUCAUCCUGAUCAGGAACAUCCCGGGAUACGCACGCUCCGUGUACAGCUCCUUCUUUGCCUGGUUUGGGAAGAUUUCCCUGGAGCUGUUCAUCUGCCAGUACCACAUCUGGCUGGCGGCGGACACCAAAGGGAUCCUGGUCCUGAUCCCGGGCAGCCCUUUCAUCAACAUGGUGGUCAGCACCUUCAUCUUCGUGUGCGUGGCUCAUGAGAUUUCCACCAUCACCAACGACCUGGCCCAGUGCGUCAUCCCCAAAGACAACGUGGCUCUGCUGAAGAGACUCGGGGCCGUGGCCCUCUGCACCCUGGCUCUGCUGCUGCUGAACAAAGCAGCGCCCCCCUGAGCCGAGGAGGACGGACGUCUGGACUCGCACGCUGCGCUGGCGAAACUGUGAGAGUCCUGGUAGUCGCACACUGAAGAGAGACCUUUGGACGCCCAGCAUCACAGGUGAUGUGAGUGCAGCCGCCUUAACGGUGGAGAAACGUUUUCCCAGGUUUUUACAGCCCUUUAUUUACGGUGACUAACUGAAAUAAUCGGCGCACGACGCUUGUGUCUUUCAUUUGGCGUGAGUGUGGUGGUGUUUGACUUUGUGGUCCCAGUGAUUCAAGGCAUCACGGUAAAGCUUUGACUUGAGUCGGCAAUGUGACAUGCAGACAUGGCGACGGCUGUUCUGGUCACCAGCUGCACCGCCAUGCCUUGAAUCAACGCGCCACGCUGGAGUCGUCCCUGCGUCUCAGCCAGUGGAAACGGAUGACUCACCACCUGCAACAGGGAUUUUAUGAUUUUUAGCUUUGAAAUUUCUGGAUCAAGUAGCCGGGCACCAGGUGGAGGGUUGUAAACCGUGGAGCUGUCGCAGCGUUUCAUCAUCUAAAGAAGGAUUUGGCUCCGUCCAGGCACUUCCACUGGUCAACCAUGUUCCCAAUUUUUGUAUGAAAGAAAGGAAAACAAAAAACACACUUUGUCACCAUGGCAACUGUGAAGCCAGUCCUGGAGGGUGAAACAUGCAAAGCUGAGGACCAAGCGCUUGGCCGGACUGCGAGGACCACAUGGGAGCGCAAUCGGUACCGACUUCCCUCCGAUUUUUGGGAGGCGUUGCUUUGUGCUGGGCGGUACCACUGUCACCUGCUGUAGCUAUGAAAUUGUGAUUUGUACAGUAUUUAAAUAUUUAAAUGAAGCUUUUAUUUUUUACUUUUUCUCUUGGGCUUUUAUUUUGUAUAUUACGCACCAAUAACUGCUGUUAGUGACGGCGGUUUAGAGUCACCGUGGUGGGCAGUGCUGAAGGUCUAAACCUUCCUGAGAACACCGUCCCACCUGAACCAUCCACCACUCUAAACUCUGAACUGACAUGAAUGUGUGUGUGUGUGUGUGUAUGUUGGACCUCCCUGCUAAUUUUUGCCAAAACACAACUUUGAUUUCUCGCUACUGAACUGAAUAAACUCCUCAGUUAGCCAUUAUUUAGUAGAGUGUCAAUGAAGCAUUCAUUUGGAUAAAAGAUCAGUCAUUCUUGUUAUUGUUCAAAUGAAUUGAAAUACUUAAACUUAAAAAAACAAGUGUUAUAAAGAUAACCAGUCUCAAGUUUUACAUUUUUUCCUAAAAAGGAAAGUAAUGGCAAAAAGAACCAAGAAAUGAAAGUGAAAGCCAAAUCAUGUUGAGACUAUAUUUGGGAUAGAUGGGAAUCUUUUAAUCCUUCAAUUUCUAACUCGGAUUUUCUUCUUACUACGUUUUAUUGAACAUAAUCAUAUUCAAUCCAUUUUUUUUUGAGUGGAGCGAAACCAAGAAAAAAAAGGAAGCAAAUGAAAAAAUUGUUUGGAAGCAGGUUCCUGGCUCAUGCUUCUUAAAAUUGUCCAAAAGUAUUUGUCCUCUGUGCGUGUUGCCAAUGUUCAUGUAUUAAUUCCAAAUUUGACUGAACUUCUUCACUUCAUCGCAGCCUGGGAUUCUGUUUUUGCUCACACGAGUGGACGAUAUUUGAAGUUUGGUGGAACCGAAGAAGAAAAAAAAAAAGAGUAUUUGUAUGAAAUUUGGGAUAAUAUUGAGGUGACAAUGUUUCUAAUGCCUGUUGCAGCACCUUUUACACGUGAUCAAAAAUGUCCUCCUGUCAGGGUUAUUUAAUUCCGUUGCUAUAACCACUUUAUUUCACGUGUAUCCACUGGUAGGUUUUGUUAUUGGCGAUUUUUGUUUGUGUAAAAAGCAACAACAAAUAUUUAUAUCAGCUGUGUUACAUUUCUGUGAUGUCUUCAGAGUGUGAAAUGUACCGACCAUAAUUUAUAAAUGCCUUUACUCGGGUGUCUGUUGUUGAUCAUAAUAAAAAGAAGGAAAAAGAAAAAGUCCUGUCGUGAC